GAUAAUCAUUACGUUCAGUGAAAUAGAGAUUGAUCUGUUUUCGGUUCCUUCGAAACUAAGUCUUUUGGAAAACAAAACGGCGGUCAAAACAAUCCAACCCGAACGAUCUCAUUAUGACAGGUACACCGAAUACCUCGACAAGCCCCGGAACAGUCGAUAGCGAAAGCUCGACAACGGAAAGGAAGGGAGUGUGGCUUUUUCGGUGCACAAUGAUCCUUCUGUUUCUCGAUGUGUUGCUUUCUGUCUUGUUUAUGUCUCCGAUCAUACCCUGGGUUCGUUAUCAAGAAGAGAGCGGAUCUUCAAUCUCACCAAACAAACAUUCCUAUGCCUUUUCUGAGUCCCUCCUGGAUUUACUUGCGUUGUCCGGAUGCCGAGCCGUAGCCGCAUUGUCUGCCUUUGCGGUUUCCUAUUUGAGAGGCAAUGUGCGGGAAAAAUACUCCUUCGAUGUUCUCCACCCCAAUGGCAAGAAGAAGACUAGAGACGAACUCGAGGAAGAAGCGCUACAACAAUCCUUUGGAAGUUGGCUCUCCUGCUAUGUGAAUCGUGCCGCCUUUCCAUCUGAAUUAUUUUGCCUGGCAACUACCCUCGUGGCGGUUGGAAAGUGCCUUGUUCGACUCAACAUUGAAAUUGGGGUUCUGAGAGAUGCGGAGCCUAUCCAUCCAAUUUUCUGGCUUGCCUUUCUCUUCUCGGCGGCUGUUUCUGUAACAGAAAUGGUCUACGUGGAUGCCGUCUGCGUGUGUCUUGGAAAAUGGGGUUCAACUGCCGAAAAACCACUUUUGCUCAGACACAUCUCCUCCCAUCUUAGCCUACCACUACUGGCAAAUGACAGUCUGGAAGGACAGGAGGAAAGUGAAAAUGGUAGAAACGAAGAGGAUCAACCCGAAAGUGCUGCCAUUGACGAAAAUGCCGUUGGGGAUAGCGGUAUAGGAGGUGAUGCGGACUACAAAGCAUCGUGGUCAGACCUUUUGAAAUUAUGCGCUCCCGAUGCAUUCUUGAUAUCGAUUGCUUUCGUAUUCCUGCUAUUCGCGGCUAUGAUGCAAAUCUACAUACCAAAAUACACCGGCGCCUGUUUGGAUGCUCUCGAGCAAGCCUAUAGCAGCAAUGACGACGGAAGCAACGACGACAAUGAAAGCAUCAAGGAUAUUCCCGGUUUCAUGUCAAACGUUAAGAAACUUUUAAUUGUUUCUGUGCUAGGAGGAUUCUUCUCGGGAGUAAGGGGGUCUAUAUUUACAAUGGUUGGUGGUAGGGUGAACGUUCGUCUCCGAUUGCGGUUGAUGGACGCUCUUUUGACGACCGAACAAGGAUUUUUCGACGUGACGAAAACUGGCGAUAUCACCAGUCGACUUUCUAGCGAUACCACGUUAGUUGGAGACCAAGUUACGCUGAACGUCAACGUGAGUAGAUGAAUCUAUCCAUUACAUCGAAACAAAAAUAGUUGCAUGUGCUAGAGGAAAAAAAUCACAGAAGUCAAACUCAUCCAACCUUACUUUUUCUUAUUUUCGUAACAAAAGGUGUUUUUGAGAUCAUUAGUGCAGGUGAUCGGGGUUCUAACAUUUAUGUUCAUGAUUUCGUGGCAGCUCUCGAUGCUGGCCUUUAUCAGCGUUCCAGUGAUCACAAUCCUUUCCAGAUGGUACGGUACCUUUGUUCGCAGCAUAGCCAAGGUGAUGCAAACCAAACUAGCAGACGGAAAUAGUGUGUCUGAAGCAGCACUUUCAAGCAUGCCAACCGUUCGAGCAUUCGAUGCAGGCCCCACGGAAUAUAAGGAAUUCACGACGCACAUGGAUAAAGUAUGUGUCCAAGUAGUUUGAAGGGGAAAUUUUUUUAAACCUAUUGAUUCGUAAUCUCUCUGACCAUCUCUCUCUCUCUCUUUCACACACACUCAUACAGUACCUCGAAAUGACCUUUAAGUCAGCGGUGGCUUACUGUGGUUAUGCGACUGUUUCAACGAGUCUCCCUCAACUUGUCACGGCAUUAGGUAAGCAUUUUUGUUGCGUGAAGAAUUGAAUCGGUCUUUUAAAAAAAAACAUUAUAGCUCACUAUUUUCAUUCACCAGUCGUGUUUUAUGGGGGCUUACUGGUGAGGAAUGGCAGUCUCUCAAGUGGUGAGCUAGUAAGUUUCCUACUUUACUUGCAAAGUCUUAGCGAUGCAUUUAGUUCGAUAGGGUACAUCUUUUCUUCUUUGACCCAGGCAGUCGGAGCCGCCGAUAAAGUGUUUGAAUUGAUGCAUCGAGAUCGAAGAGUGAUACCACAAACUAUGGACUCAAAUAAUAACAAUGGUGUAACGAAUCAGUCGAGUUUAGUCCAGAAAGUCCGAGUGACUGGGGUAGAGCCAAACGAAUGCAAGGGAGAGGUAACUCUCCAAGAUGUAGAGAUGCAUUAUCCCGCUCGCCCCAACAGACGUGUUUUGAGAGGCAUGUCGCUCACGGUUCCUCCCGGAUCAAUCGUUGCACUGGUUGGCCCGUCAGGAGGCGGAAAAAGCAGUAUUAUUUCUCUGGUACAAAACUUGUAUUCGCAAUCUUCAGGAAAAGUGAUGCUCGACAAUAUAGACGUCCACGAAUACUCGCCUCGAUGGCUGAGUCACCACAUUUCGAUUGUGCAACAGGAGCCUACUCUAUUUGCUCGCUCGAUCAGAAGGAACAUAAUGUACGGGCUAGAAGGAACGGAUAGAGAGCCAACGCAGGAAGAAAUCGAAAGGGUAGCAAUGCUCUCAAAUUGUGACGAUUUCAUUCGUAAGGUGAGUUGGUUUUGGCUGCUGAAGUAGCAAUGACAACGCAGGAUGCUUGUUUUAUCGUUGAAGACAAAAACUCAAAUAUCAUUUCUUCUGAAGAUGCCGAUGCAAUAUGAGACAGAGGUUGGUGAACGAGGCGUGCAGCUAAGUGGUGGACAGAAACAAAGGUAAGUCAUGCUAGUUAUCAAACGAGUAGUGCAUAUAUUCAGAAACAUAUUUCAGAGUCCUCAUCCCGUUUUAGAAUUGCCAUUGCUCGAGCACUGGUGAGAAAGCCUAAAAUUCUUCUCCUCGACGAAGCAACAAGCGCCCUCGACGCCGAAUCGGAGCACAUGGUUCAGUCGGCGAUCGACCACAUGAUCGAUACAGCUCGAUCCACGGAUGGUGCCGGAAUGAGUGUUAUGAUAGUUGCACAUCGCUUGAGCACCAUUCGAAAUGCCGACAUAAUUUUUGUGGUCCAGGACGGACAAGUCGUGGAGCAGGGAAACCAUACCGAACUCAUCCAACGCGAAGAUGGAGCAUAUGCAUCAUUGGUUCGGCGUCAGAUGAACGUGCAAAACAAAUUAGAAAGUGGAGGAGACUGAUUUUGCUCUGUAGUACUAAACUAUAUUGUAUCGGUAAUGAUAAUAGUAAUAUUAGUAAUUAACAUUGAAGAGCAGU